AUGAUGAAAAAAAUAUGGAUAUUAAAACGAAAAAAGCGAAGAACGAUCAAAUUAAAAAAUAGUAAUGAUGAUAAAAAACGAAGAUUGUCAACAACUGAUAAUACAAACAAUCUGGUACGAUACGAAAAGUUUGGAAUUAAAAUGAAUAAUCUACAAGUUCUUAAAAAUGCACGACGUGUACUUCAAAUUCGACAAUCGACUAUUCCUGCUGCUGUAGUUCGUUUACAAUCUGAUUCAGUAUUUGGAGAUCGACCUUGGGAUAAAAGUACACGUGCCGUUAUUGAUGAACUACCUGAUGUUACUUCACCAGCAGAAAUAAGAAGUCGACAUUUACCUGGUAUUGAUCCUCUUUCAUCUCAAGCAUUUGAACCGAAAACAGAUAAACAUAUUUCAAAAGGUCGUACAGCAGGUGCUCAUUUUGAUUUCAGUUGUCAAAAUUGGGAACGAAAUCAAAAUCAAGAUUUUCGUUCACGAAUGAGACAAUGGGAUAUGAACCAACAAGCAUUUAAAACAUCACGUUUAAUUAAAUAUCAAGAAUAUGGUACAUAUGAGUCUAAUCAUGGUAAUAUUAGUGGACGUCCCUGUCUUUCCAAUUCAACACCAAUGACUUUACAUCAAUUAGCAAAAUCGGAAUCGGCUAUUACUGAAAGUGCUGAUCAUAAGAAAUCAUUAACAAAAUCUGUAGAUCAAGCAGCAAUAACACCGCCAGCAACAUCACGUUAA